AUGGUUGCUUCUGAUGAUUGUCGAGUAUUUGUCGCACGUGGAAUCCAUCUAGAAUGUGGCGUCUUUGAUUCUUCAUGGAUGUAUGAUGUUAGGAAAGACGAGUGGUCUGAGUUGCCUCAUUCAAACAUGUUGACGGCAUCAGUAGAGAUCAACCUUAGGAAGACAUGGGAGAAGUUUCAUAUGAUUGUUAUGGUAAUUGUUGCAAUUAAGAACCCUCAGGACAUCAUUGUUCAUUCUGAUUGGCCUUAUGGACAAAUAGCAGUUUUAAGGUUUGCACAGUACAUUGAUGCUCAUGCAACUGUUAGAUUUCGUACUCCUAGAACAUUUACUAACAAGAUUCAUACGUCAUUUAGUGAGCUACGUUUUCUCAUCCUGAUUGAUCUCAAAACUAACCAUCAGCAUACCAAUAGUUAA